AUGGAGAUAGAAGCGACACCACUGAGCCCGCAGCAGCAAGCAUACAAUGACGGUGGCGGUUCGGACCAGCGGGGCGGCGCCGGCGCUAAACCACUCUACCGCAACCCCGUCGUGGUCGUCAACUUCCUCCUCAUGGCUGUUGGCACGGUGUGUGGCCCGCUCCUCUUUCGCGCCUACUUCCUCCACGGCGGCACGCGCAAGUGGCUCACCUGCCUGCUCCAGACCGCUGCGUGGCCGCUCCUGCUCCCGCCGCUCUGCGUCUCCUUCUUCUCCCGCCGCCGCCGCCAGCGCGAAGAGAGCGCCACGGAGGCCGCCCCGCUCUCCCUCAUGUCGGGCACCCUCCUGGCCGCCACGGUCGCCAUCGGCCUCGUGAUCGGGCUCAUCGACUUCCUCUACGCCUAUGGGCUGGCCUACCUCCCGGUGUCCACCACCUCCAUCCUCGUCUCCACGCAGCUGGCCUUCACGGCCGUGUUCGUGCUGGUGGUGGUGCGCCAUCGGUUCACCGCCUUCUCCGUGAACGCGGUGGUGCUGAUCGUCGUGGGCGCCGCCAUGCUGGGGCUGAACGGCGGAGGGGACCGCCCCGCGGGGGUGUCCCGGGCGCAGUACUACGCCGGGUUCGCCAUGACGCUCGGUUCCGCGGCGCUGUACGGCCUCGUGCUGCCCCUCAUGGAGCUCAGCCAGGCGCAGCACGCGGCGCGCGCCGGCGCGGCGGUCACGUACACGCUCGUCUUGGAGAUCCAGAUGGUCAUCGGGAUCACGGCCACGGCCUUCAGCGCCGUCGGCAUGCUCGUGAACCGCGAAUUCCACGCCCGCAUGGACCGCGCGGCACGAGCACCUCGCGAUCAAACAGUGCUAUGCGCAGGGAGUACACUCCCCGUCUCCACCCAUGCAUCGUUGAUCGAGUCCUAA